GUUCCUCAAGAUGAGUGGACUGGAUACACUCCACGAGGGAAAGAUGAUGAGAUUCCCUGCCGACGAAUGCGUAGUGGCAGUUACAUCAAAGCCAUGGGGGAUGAUGACAGUGGAGACUCUGACACAAGUCCAAAACCAUCUCCAAAGAUUGCUGCUCGGAGAGAGAGCUAUCUCAAGGCCACCCAGCCAUCUCUUACAGAGCUCACCACCCUCAAGAUAUCCAGUGAACAUUCACCAAAACUUCAGAUCCGGAGCCACAGUUACCUGAGGGCAGUGAGCGAAGUCUCCAUCAACAGGAGCCUGGACAGCCUGGACCCUGCAGGGCUGCUGACAUCCCCCAAGUUUCGCUCCCGCAACGAGAGCUACAUGAGAGCCAUGAGCACCAUCAGUCAGGUGAGCGAGAUGGAGGUGAAUGGUCAGUUCGAAUCUGUCUGCGAGUCGGUGUUUAGUGAACUGGAAUCUCAAGCAGUGGAGGCUCUGGAUCUGCCCAUGCCAGGCUGCUUCCGCAUGAGGAGCCACAGCUACGUCAGAGCCAUUGAGAAGGGCUGUUCCCAGGAUGAUGAGUGCAUAUCACUGCGGUCCUCAUCUCCUCCACGUACAACCACCACAGUGAGGACCAUCCAGAGCAGUACUGUGUCAUCCUGCAUUACCACAUAUAAGAAGACACCGCCUCCAGUCCCACCAAGAACUACUACCAAACCAUUUAUUUCCAUCACAGCCCAGAGCAGCACAGAGUCUGCCCAAGAUGCGUAUAUGGAUGGGCAUGGACAGAGGGGAGAUAUCAUCAGUCAGUCUGGACUUAGCAACUCCACAGAGAGCUUGGAUAGUAUGAAGGCAUUAACAGCUGCUAUUGAAGCUGCCAAUGCACAGAUCCAUGGCCCUGCAAGUCAACAUGUAGGGAACAAUACUGCCACUGUCACCACCACCACAACCAUUGCUACUGUUGCAGUUGAAGAUAGAAAGAAGGAUCACUUCAAGAAAAACAGAUGCUUAUCUAUCGGAAUACAGGUUGAUGGUGCUGAAGAAUCCCCCAAAUCAGGUGAAAAUAAAGCAACCAGUAAGUUCCAGUCCAUAGGAGUUCAAGUAGAGGAAGAGAAGUGCUUUCGCAGGUUUACACGAUCUAAUAGUGUGACAACAGCCGUGCAAGCAGACCUGGAUUUCCAUGAAAACUUUGAAAUAAUCGAUCCUCAAGAGGACAAUUCAUGUUCUGGACAAAUAUCAAGACAAUUUUCCCGAGAUGCAAGCACCUCUACAGUUAGCAUACAAGGGUCAGGAAACCAUUACCAUGCAUGUGCAGUGGAUGAUGAUUUUGAUACAGAUUUUGAUCCAUCAAUUUUACCUCCUCCUGACCCCUGGAUUGACUCGAUCACUGAAGAUUCUCUGGAGGCUGUUCAAAGGUCAGUGUGCCCACGAGAUGGCCACUGGUUUCUGAAGCUUCUUCAGGCAGAGAGAGAUCGUAUGGAAGGCUGGUGCCAACAGAUGGAGAGAGAAGAACGGGAAAACAACCUACCCGAGGACAUUCUAGGGAAAAUUCGAACUGCAGUGGGCAGUGCCCAGCUUCUCAUGGCCCAGAAAUUUUACCAGUUCAGAGAACUUUGCGAAGAAAACCUGAAUCCUAAUGCACAUCCACGGCCGACCUCCCAGGAUUUAGCAGGGUUUUGGGAUAUGCUGCAGUUGUCCAUAGAAAAUAUUAGUAUGAAAUUUGAUGAACUUCAUCAGUUAAAGGCCAAUAAUUGGAAACAGAUGGAUCCUCAUGACAAGAAGGAGAGAAGGGUCCCUCCUCCAGUGCCAAAGAAGCCAUCGAAAGGUCAGGUGCCACUCAUACGAGAACGCUCUCUGGAAAGCUCGCAGCGUCAAGAGGCCCGGAAACGGCUGAUGGCUGCCAAGCGCGCUGCAUCGGUCCGCCAGAACUCAGCUACCGAGAGCGCCGAAAGCAUUGAGAUAUACAUCCCCGAAGCCCAGACCAGGCUAUGAAGGGAUCCAACCGGGAGGACUCUCUCUGGCAAGACAAGCCUCAUGUAUAAUCUGCCCCUCUAGGCUCCUGCUCAAGGUCACCACAAAGUAUUUGUACCUCCUCCUCUCUCUCGCUCUCUCUCCCCACCUCUCCCCUUCCCCUCUCUCUGUACGCAGCUGCCCCGAUGCUCCCAGUGAACUCCACUGCCGUGGCGUAGUUGUCGGUCCUCCGAGAGAUGUCCUCUAAUCACCUUUGCUUUCUGAAGGUUCGCCCAUGUCAUCACGAUGCUUUGUCACAUGUACUGAUGCUGCCACUUUGCCUCAUGUAGACAAGUACAAUCCUUUUUUUUUCUUUUCUGUUUGAAACAAAUAAAUGCAGCGCUCAGACUUCCACACACCCGCGCACCUGUACAGUAGAUACUCCAUUUAACUUGCUCAUGAUCUUUUAGUUGACCUAAAGCUAGUCUGUUACCCGGUGUACAGCAAUAUCAAACCGUUAGGGGACUUCGGAAAUUUUAGUCAUGCAGGGUGAUCCUUUCGGACUCUGCCGUCUUCCUCACAAAAGAUGAAAGGAGCUAUGACUUGGAUUCCCUUCUUUUUAUUACUGUUUUUUUUAAAGCAGAUGGCGCACUUUAUUCUAAACCUCUGAAUCACACCUUCUCACCUGAAUUUAAGGAGUCAUACAAGGGGAGGGGGCUGGGAUGGGAUUGGGGGGGGAAGAAAAAAUCACACAGCUCUGGGAGGUGAAAAAGUGGAAGUAUAUCCCGCAGGUGAGAUGGCGAGGGAUAGAAAAGAUCCUCUGGAAAGAUACCUGCACACUCACAGCUGCACAAACUGCCUCAUUUUUAUUUCAUCAAUCACUACUUAAACAUUUCAAUCAGCAGAAGAUUGUAAAUUCGAUCUUCCAGGGAAAUAAUCUAUUUUGAAAGGCAAUAAAAGAGUGAAAAGGAAGGAGAUAAGAAGCAAUGACAGUUGAAGAGAUAAUAUAAAAGAAGGAUUUUCUUGUCCAAGUAUUAAGAAUUUUUAAAAUUGUACUGUAUUGUCAAUUCCUCUUGUAUUGUAUUGUAUGGAUUAUAUUGGUUAAAAAAAAAAAA